CCAAGACUAAUUUCGAAGAGUGCAGCGCGCAGACGCUCAAGGAGGAGGGCGUUGACGAGUUCAAGAAGAAAGUGCAGAAUGCUAUGGACGGGGUGCUGUUCAUCGACGAAGCUUACAAUCUGGACCCGAUGGGUGACAGAUUUAAGGGCGGCCCCAUUGCCAACGAACUGCUGACCUUUUCCGAGAAUGAGCGGGAGCGGCUGUCCUUCAUCCUGGCGGGGUACGAGGACGAGCUGAACGACAAGCUUUUCGCGUUCAACCCGGGUUUCAAGAGCCGAUUUACCGAGGUGGUAUUUGAAGACUUCGAUGAGGACGAGCUUCUGUCCAUUUGGAACCACCAGCGCGAAGACAGGGAAUGGCGGGAGGCCGAUGACCGGCUGGGGAAGGUGGUCAUCCGCCGGUUGGCCAAGCUUCGAGGUCGCAAGGGCUUUGGCAACGCGCGGGAUGUGCGGAAGAGGCUGGAUGAAGCCUGCAACCGUGCCAUGAACCGCGACGAGGUUGACGCGAGCAACCUGGUAAUCGAGAUGACGGACGCCGUGGGCGAGAAUCCGGUCUACAAUGACAAGUUGCGCAAGCUGCUGAAGAACAUCGAGAAAAUGACGGGGUGGGCGAAGGUGAAAAAGGCCAUGCAGGCUCUGGUGAAAACCUGCGGCGAAAACUACGACCGCGAGUUGAAUGGGCAGGCGCCCCUGCCGGUGUUUCUGAACCGCAUGUUUUUGGGAAACCCCGGCACCGGGAAAACCACCUGCGCCAAACUGUACGGGCAACUCCUCAAGGAAUUGGGGUUUCUCUCCAACGGGGAGGUGGUGGAAAAAACGGCUGGCGACCUCGGUGGUGCGGUCGUGGGCGAGGCGAAGCAAAAGACCGUGCAGCUGCUGGAGUCGUGCCGCGGAAAAGUGUUGCUCAUCGACGAGGCCUACGGGCUAGACGACGG